AUUAUGGAAGAAUAGUUGCUUUGUUAACAGCACUAUAUUAUAGUACUACUCCAACUAUAGCAGCCCCACUCUAUCUUAUCAGUUUUUUUCUUGAUGAAUUUGAUGGCUACGCAGCGAGAACACUCAAUCAAACUCCAAUAUUUGUUUUAAAACAAAUAAUUAAUGUUAUUCAAUUACUUGUAGCUGCAAUUAAAAUUGUUGAAGUAGAUCAGAAGAAAAGAGACUAA